GGCUCCCUCCGGCGCGGCGCGGCGCGGCCCGCCAUUGUCGGGGGCAUGGAGGGCGAGAGCACGUCCGCUCUGCUCUCGGGCUUCGUGUUCGGCGCGCUCGCCUUCCAGCACCUCAGCACCGACUCGGACACGGAAGGCUUUCUCCUUGGGGAUGUGAAAGGUGAGGCCAAGAACAGCAUCACAGACUCACAGAUGGACGACGUGGAAGUGGUUUAUACAAUCGAUAUACAGAAGCAUAUUCCAUGCUACCAGCUGUUCAGCUUUUAUAAUUCUGCAGGAGAACUGAAUGAACCAGCCCUGAAGAAAAUACUAUCAGGCCAUAAGAAGAGUGUAAUAGGAUGGUACAAAUUCAGACGCAACACAGACCAGAUAAUGACAUUCCGGGAAAGACUUCUCCAUAAGAAUUUGCAGUCACACCUAUCAAACCAAGGCCUUGUAUUCCUUCUGUUAACUUCCAGUGUGAUGACAGAAAGUGGCUCAACUUACAGGCUAGAACAUGCCUUACAUCGGCCACAAGAAGGUCUUUUCCAGAAAGUUCCUCUAGUCGUUACCAACUUGGGUAUGGCUGAACAACAAGGUUACAGAACAGUGUCUGGUUCCUGUGCAUCUUCUGGCUUUGUGAGAGCAGUAAGACAACACAGGUCAGAAUUCUUUUAUGAAGAUGGAUCCUUACAAGAGGUUCACAAGAUAGCUGAGAUGUAUGCCACCUUGCAGGAGGAGCUGAAGAAAAUAUGCUCUGAUGUAGAAGUCAGUGAACGAUCUGUAGAGAAACUCCUAACAGAGGUGAGCCAAUUAAAAGAAGAAAUCAAUAGAAAAAAGCAACACAAAAUCUCUUCAGGAGGGAACAAAGAUCACCUAGAAGAACCAAAGGAGAAUGUUCUGCUUUGUCAGGCACUGAAAACAUUUUUCCCCAAUUCUGAACUUCAGACAUGUAUUGUUUCCUUCAAAGGAAGGAUCUCUAAGCACUGUUGUAAGAUUGACCAUAAUAUUAAUAUCAUGGACAAAUUGACUCUUAUGGUAGAGGAAAGGGACUUCACUGAAGUUGAAUCAAAACUAAGAACCAAGCGCAAAGUUAAAGUCACCACAACAGGACCAAAAUCAUUCAAGAAAUUAAGAUCACUGCAACUUGACCGAGAAUUACAUCAAGAUGAAGAGGACAGCAACCAGGAAACAAAGCUUGCACUGAGUAGCACUGAAACAGAUGAGGAAGCACUGGAAAAUCCCAAAGACACAAAUGAAUAUUCAUACUCUCCCACUUUCUGAUCACUUAAUGACUUGCCCUGAUGUAUUUGUACAAAAAGCCACUGCCAGGAUAUUAAAGUAACAUAAAUUACUGUACUGCAGGGAUGGAAAUAGCUUACUGAGUUUUUGUAAAGUACAAAGAUGUAUUUUUAAAUACACAAAUCUUGUUUGGCCUAAGUCAAGCAGAGUCCAAAUGACAUUCCUUAAUUAUGCCUUGCAGAGUUAAGUCUGUAUUCUCUAUCUCAGGGUUCUAAGACGAAUGCUAACACAGUGCUAGCAUCGGAUAAUCUCACUUAAUGCCUCAGUGAUAGAACUUCAAGCUGCUGCUGAAGAUUUCAGGACCACUCAAACAAUGAGCCUCUCCUCAGCAGAAGAUGAUGUGCAGAACAGCUAUUUCUAAGAUGCAUCUUGAUAAGCAUUAAAAACUUUUUUUUAUAUAUAAACAGCUAUCUUGGUACUUAACCGUCCCUUUCUGAAAUGGAAGGGGGAAAAAAAUGGAUUUCAGGAAGACUUUUGAAUAGGUUUAAUGUUCUGUACAUCUAGGGGGUAUCUGCUAUUAAAUCACACUUUUUUCCAGAUAAA